AUGUCGUCGUCGUCGAUCGAUCCGGGCUCUGCGCAUCCUCCAUCGGAGGGCAUGUCGUCCGCAACAGAGCCGGAGAACAGAGUAAAUGGCGACGGUUCGACUCCAAAGCUGUUUGUCGAUGGCGGAUCAGGCCCUGGAACUCCCAUCGGUUUCCAGCGUUACCCCCAUAACAAACACCUCGACCAUGUGGCCCGAACGCCUGUCCGCCAGCCCUCGCCGCAGCCCACUCAUCUGGGCAUCCCCGGGCACAGGGUCCUCUCGGAAGAGGAUCCCGGUUAUGUUGCGGCCAAGUUUGAAGGCAAACAGAAGCAGAUGGAGCAAGUCAUGGACCGGUUAGAGGAGAAGGGGUUCUUCCCAAGCGACUUUGUUGUCUCCGAAACCACCUGGUUCUACAACAUGCUGGGAAUUGAUGACAUGUAUUUCCAAACCGAGUCCGUCGACUCCAUUGUCACCCAGAUCUUGUCCCUGUACGCCGCCAAGGUCGCCGCCUACGCCCGCGACGACAAGCGCAUGGAGAUCCGGCUGGACAAGGAAGACGAGGAUCAUGCCGUCUACAUCGACACCAGCAAACCCGGUGUGUCCACCUUCGACGGUCCCCGCUACGAGCAGAGGAUCGAUAAGAAGUAUAUCGACGGUUCGGGGCCUGGGAGAAGCUACCGCGUCGAGACCUUCCGUUCCUCCAGUCCGCUGCCGGGUGAAAGCGAGCAACAGCUGCGUUGCUACUUCGUCUACCGCUGCCAGUUCAGCAAUCCGAAUCCCGAUCCCGACGAGACCAAUAUCGAGAUCAUCGGAGAGAAGCGCUUCCUCCAGAAGGCUACCCCGAAUACCAAGGCCAUCUACCAAGAGAUCAUCAAACAUGCCGUCGCCCGAACCGGUCCUGUCAUUGAGAUCUUCGACAUCGAGGGAAGUCGGGAAAAGAGGCUGGUAGUGGCGUAUCGCCAGGGUUCCGCCAUGGGAAUGUUCAGCGCUCUAUCGGACCUCUACCAUUACUACCGCCUGACCAGCUCGAGGAAGUACUUGGAGAAUUUCUCCAACGGCAUUACCGUGAUCUCGCUUUAUCUACGUCCCGUGGACAAGCCUGAGAUUGCCGAGAAGUACCCUCCGAUUGAAGCGGCCAUCCAUCAGAUCAUGAAGGAAGUGUCGCUCCUGUAUUGCAUUCCGCAAAACCGCUUCCAGGAUCACUUCGCCAGCGGCCGCCUCAGCUUGCAAGAGACCAUCUAUGCCCACUGUGCUUGGGUCUUUGUCCAGCAGUUUUUGAACCGACUCGGGUCCGAGUAUACUUCCUUGGCCGCCCUCCUGGACACGAACAACAGCGUCCACGCCGAGCUGCUGGCGAAGAUCAAGAAGCGGCUUCGCACGGAAACGUUCACGUCCGACUACAUCUUUGAGAUCAUCAACAAGUACCCGGAUCUCAUCCACAAGUUGUACCUGGACUUUGCGAACACGCAUUACGUGCAGACCGGUGGUCCCGGCCAAGAUGAUUUCCUGCCAACCCUGAGUUACCUCCGGCUCCAGGUGGCUGAGGUUCUGGAUGAUGCGAGAUUGAAGGAGCUCAUCUCGAAGACGGCGGUGAACGAGCAUGACGAGAUGGUCAUGAUGGCCUUCCGGACCUUCAACAGGUCCAUUUUGAAGACAAACUUCUAUACUCCGACCAAGGUCGCCCUCAGUUUCCGACUCAACCCCGAUUUCCUGCCCGAGCAUGAAUACCCUCAGCGACUCUAUGGCAUGUUCCUCGUCAUCAGUUCCGAGUUCCGAGGUUUCCAUCUUCGCUUCCGGGACAUCGCACGCGGCGGAAUCCGUAUCGUCAAAAGCCGCAACAAGGAAGCUUACAGUAUCAACGCUCGUUCGCUGUUCGACGAGAAUUACAACCUGGCCGCUACUCAGCAGCGGAAGAACAAAGACAUUCCCGAGGGAGGCGCCAAAGGCGUUAUCCUGCUCGAUUUCGAGCAUCAAGACAAGGCUCGUGUCGCGUUUGAAAAGUACAUUGACAGUAUCAUGGAUCUGCUUCUGCCACCGGCCAGUCCGGGCAUUAAGGAUCCCAUCGUCGACCUGCAUGGCAAGGACGAGAUCCUCUUCAUGGGUCCGGAUGAGAACACCGCCGACUUGGUUGACUGGGCCACGGAGCACGCCAGAAAACGGGGGGCACCGUGGUGGAAGUCCUUCUUUACCGGCAAGAGUCCUAAGCUUGGAGGUAUCCCACACGAUGCCUAUGGUAUGACCACCUUGUCGGUGCGUCAGUACGUUCUCGGCAUUUACCGCAAGCUGAACAUCGACCCGUCCAAGGUGAGAAAACUGCAAACUGGCGGGCCGGACGGUGACCUGGGAUCCAACGAGAUUCUGCUGGGCAAUGAAACAUAUACGGCCAUUGUGGAUGGAUCAGGUGUCAUUGUUGAUCCGAACGGUUUAGACCGCGAAGAGCUCGUGAGACUGGCCAAGAAACGAGUCAUGAUCUCCGAAUUCGAUCUGUCCAAGCUCUCUCCGCAAGGCUACCGAGUCCUCGUGGAGGACACUAAUGUGACGCUGCCAAGUGGCGAGGUAGUCAACAACGGAAUGCUUUUCCGCAACACCUUCCAUCUUCGAAAAGAUCUGCCUUAUGACAUUUUUGUCCCUUGUGGAGGACGACCGGAGUCGAUCGAUCUGUCUAACGUGAACAAACUCAUCGUCAACGGCAAAUCGGUCAUCCCGUAUAUUGUCGAAGGUGCGAACCUCUUCAUCACCCAGGACAGCAAGCUGCGACUGGAAAAGGCCGGCUGCAUUCUCUACAAAGAUGCAUCCGCCAACAAGGGUGGUGUGACCUCGUCGUCGUUGGAAGUCCUGGCGUCUCUCUCCCUCGACGAUAAGGAAUUCGUGGAGAACAUGUGCGUUCACGAGGAUGGCACGGUCCCAGAAUUCUACCAGGCGUAUGUCAAGGAGGUGCAAGAGAUCAUCAAACGCAACGCCACUCUCGAGUUUGAGGCGAUCUGGCGGGAGCACGAGAAAACCGGUCUGCUGCGCAGCGUAUUGAGUGACCGGCUGAGUAAUGCGAUCACCAAUUUGGACGAGGAGCUUCAGAAAACUGGGUUGUGGAAUAACGUCCAGCUCCGCCGGACAGUUCUACAGGAGGCUCUCCCGAAACUCCUUCUGGAGAAGGUUGGCCUUGAUACGAUUCUAAAGAGGGUUCCUGAAAGCUACUUGAAGUCCAUCUUCGGAAGCUACCUGGCUAGCCGGUUCGUGUAUGAGUAUGGCAGUAAUCCAAGUCAAUUCGCUUUCUUUGACUUGUAA